AUGUUAGCUUCCCUUCCCUGGACCUGGGGGAAGGAGAACUGAGGGCUCCAGGAUUGGUUCCAGGGAUCCUGGAAGGGCCUCGGGGGGUGGGGUCAGGGGUAGGUAGGCUCUCACAAUGGGCUAGAACUCUGCCUUCCUCUGAGUUCUCAUCCACUUUGACUCCUCUCCCUGUCUCAGGGAGGGGAGGAAAGGCUUAGGAUGAAUUGUCGGCGAAAGUUUUCCCCCUAGAUUCUCCAUUUCUUUCUUCUUGGCUGCACUUGAAGCUUCCAAGAGACCCCUUAGGUGGUGGCCACUGGCCUGCAGCCUGGUCCCCUCCACCCUUUGUACCAAAUGCUUGUCCUGCCCCCUACUUGGUGCUUGUGUAUUGGGAGAAAUGGCGGUGGUUAUGAGGUUCUUCCGAUGGAUUUGGCGAAAGAUUACUUGCUGGGUUUUCUUCUGGAAACAAAAAGCUAAGUCAACCUUCUUGGAACACCAUGAUUCCCAGAAAAGUGUAUUGAAGGUGGAGAAGACUCCCAAGGUGGUUGAGACUUUCAAGUUGGUUGAGCCCUGCAAAGAGGCUAAGAUUUCCAAGAUGGUGGAGUCCCCCGAGGUGGCUGAUGCCUGCGAGUUGGCCAAAGCAACAGAUAGGGCUAAGGUGGAGCCGGGUCAUAGGGCCCGAUCCCUGCUGCAGCUGCCCCGGACAGCUGUCAAGUCUGUCUCCAUGCUCAUGGUCUCGGCCCUGCAGAGCGGCUGGCAAAUGUGCAGCUGGAAGUCAUCUGUGAGUUCUACCUCCAUUUCCUCCCAAAUGAGGUCUGGGUCCCCAGUGGAUACGUCGUCGGAAGCUGAGAUGCUGUGGGAAGUGUACCUGAUACUGUGGGUCAUUCGGAGACAACUGCGACAGCUGGCCCGCAGGCAGGAGAGGCGGAGGCGGCGCCACAUCCGGGCCCACAUUGGCUCCCAGCCUGACACGGCUCAGGGCCUGAAACAGGAUGCCCGGAGUCCCCUUUAGGGGGGAACCCCACAUCCUCAAAAAGCCCCACCUCAGUCUUAGGUAAGGUUGAUGGGAGAGGUUAGGACAGCAGGCCAGGAGUUGUGUGUGAGAAGUUUUCAUACUGUCACCUCUCUCAUCGGGAGCCUAAGCCCAGGUGUGGGGUCCCACUUAUUCCCCUUCAUUCCAUUUAUUCAAUUUGUAAAAAAAAAAAAAAAAAAAAAAAAAAAU